AAUGAUAAGGUUGUAAGGUUGUUACAGCACAUGAUGCAAAGUGCAAUUAAUUCAUGAUCUUCUAUAACUCAGAACAAAAUGGAGGGAGACGAUGAGAUUCGCGGCCAUUUUGAUUCCGUUACACGUUUUGGAAAGGAUGGCGAGAUGGGAUCCUACCUACUGAUGUCCUUAUUGAUCGGUAUAUUGGUAGUACCAAUUAUCGAAUAUGGACAAAAAGAAGAAUCCGAUAUUGGUGCUGUAGACGUUGUCAUUGGCAUUAACAUAACAGUUAGAUUCUUAGGGGCUACGGCUCUUAUUUUUGCCUUUGUGUCGAUUCACCAUCACGAAAGGGAUUGGAUUAGUGAAAAAUCUUCUUCUCCAGUUAUCAAAACGAAACUGGGAUUCUUGUUCAUUUUUGGAUUAGCAAAAAUUAUUUUCACCAUUAUUUAUGUCACAUUCUAUCUGAAAUGCAGAAAUAUGAUUUCAUCGGAAUUGACAAAUGUGAUAGCUGCUGAAGGCUUUACAAACAUAAUAUUUAUUAUUUUACAAUUAAUUUUUUUCAUGUAUGUGGGCCAAUAUUCGUUCAUCAGCAGACCGACAGUUAGAUAUGUUGCUUCACUUAUUGCAAUGGGGAACUUUACGGAUUUAUUGGUUUUUAUGACACUCAGUGUUAAUGGAAACAAGGACCUUAUAUUUGACAAAAACAAUACAGCUACCGUCAACUGCACCGGGUACAGUCCAAAUGUUGUAGAAAAUCUUAUAUCAGUAUCUAAAGAGUUCAGAUCUCCGAUUGCAGUUCAGUUUUCAAUUCUGGCAAUUACUCUUGCCUUCAGCAUGAAACCAGACACCGAAAAGUUUUUUAACUCGGACAAAAUUCGCCUACAGUUCUCGUGGAAAACUCCAAAGCGUUUAGCAAAGAUCAUGGUAGUGGUGGUUUUAAUGAAUGUUCCUCUAUUGGUGUGUGCCCCUUUUAACUUCGUGUUUCCAGAUAGCAAAUCACAAUCCAAAAUAUGGCUUAGCUUAAUGUUGGCUCAAAAGUCUGCAAUAUUUGGAUGUUUAUUAGGAAUUAAUUACCAGAUAUUUAAAAAACUGAAAGUAUAUGUAAAAAAUGUGGCCCUGAAUGCAAACGAAACUGUGCUUCUAGUCAGUACCGUGGGCGUAGUUUCCUAUCUGGCAAUACAAACGUUUCUUCAACCGAAUUUUGACAGUAUUUUGACAUCGCUUGCAGUCAUCAGUCUAUUAUCCAUUCUUUAUCAAGUUACUAUAAUUUUAUUCGGCAGGAGAAUGGUCCUUGUUGGAAAUGAUAUAUACGACAUCUAUGCCCUACAACAACUGGUUGUAAUCCUUGUCUGCAACAAUAUGUCUGUAUGGUUUAAUGAUUUUCUGUACGGAUUAUGGGAUAUGUCUAAUGAUAAUGUGUUAAGACAUAGUCUUUUUCAGUACAUCGCUAUGAUACUUUAUCCUUUAAUUGCUUACUACAGAUUUCAGUCGGCGAUGGAGCUCAUGGGGUUGUAUCGUCAUCUUUCUUGAUAUUGGAUUUGAGAUAAUUAAUGCUUUGUUUAAAGGUUAAUGACUGGUUUUUGUGGAACAAUAUUAAUGUAACUAUUAGGGAUAUUACCUUAGUGGUAAUCUACAGGAAACCUAAAUUGAUACUUCUAACUGUUAAGUACCAUGUUUAAGUACUAUUUCUAUAUAUAGUUUAGUCUUCAUCGCUUACUGUAGUGUAUAUUUCCGGAUUUGUAUUAUAUA